UCAUAGUGAUACAUUUCAAUAAAAACAGAACAAUGAAAAACUCGACACAGAAUUUCUCUCUCUCUCUCUCCGAGUUCUUGAAAUUUUGCCCGGAAAUCCAUCGAUCUCUCCGAGGAAAGCUGUCCGAUCCCUUCGUCGGUCGCAUGUUCAGGUUCGCCGCACCCUCCGUGCCCACAUCGUCGGCGCCCGCUCCGACAUCUCUCACGUAAUCCUCGAAUUUUCAGCUCAACCGAAAAAAAACGAAUCUUUAUUGGUUGAUCUCUUAACUAAUCUCGACUUCCUCACUCGAUUCGCGUGAUCUAUCCAACUCCCAGUUCACCAUUCUUGCGCACUGUCGCUCUCCCCAACCCGUUCCCGAAUCCUCCGCGCCUGUCAGCGCCUCCUUCUUGAUUGAUCUCUCCGCAGCUUGAUAAAGCUGGUCUGGAUGGCGUGAUUGCCUCUUGCCUCCCGCUUCGUGUCCGUUCGGUAUGGCGUCGAUCAGGAGGACCCUGUCGCCGCCGUAUCACGAUCGCCAUUACCCGAACGGCGAAACCCAGGUCGCGGUUCCCGCCCCGUCUCAUAAACCCUUCGCCGCCUCGGCCAAGCCCUCCUCGGCUUCGCCGGGGGUUGGCGCUUGUCGAUUCUUGGCGUUCGUUUUGCUGGGGAAGCAGCCGAGGAGGUCGUGGAGGAGAUCGCUCUACAGGUGUUUGUUGUUUUUCCUCUUUGGGUUUCUAUUCGGCAUGACCCCUUUCGGGCACGUGAACGAAUUGCAGGCUCCCGACUUCUCUUUGGAUAUCAAGCCACCCAAUGUCAAUGUCAACGUCAACUCUCGGUUGGAGAACGCCAUCCAUCGUCCGGUAAGGCGCGACGAGUUUCUGCACAAAAGUUUGAAUCUUGAAGUAGGAGCAGGAGUCGGGGCAAAUUCAGGUGGAAGUUCUGAUUUGGUGCCUAGGAAGCAGUUGAUUGUGGUUACGCCUACUUAUUCUAGAGCAGCACAAGCUUACUUUUUGAAUAGAUUAGGCCAGGUACUGAGGCUUGUGCCGCCUCCGCUUUUGUGGAUUGUGGUGGAGACGAAUGUUGUUUCCGCGGAGACUGCAGAUAUAUUGAGGAAAAGCGGAGUUAUGUAUCGGCAUUUGGUAUGUACAAAGAAUUCCACGGAUAUUAAAGAUAGGGGUGUGCAUCAGAGAAACACGGCAUUGGAACAUAUUGAGCACCAUAAGCUUGAUGGAAUUGUUUACUUUGCUGAUGAUGAUAAUAUCUAUUCUCUGGAGUUGUUCCACAGUCUACGACAUAUUAGGCAUUUUGGCACUUGGCCAAUUGCCAUGCUUGCACAGAGCAAAAACAAGGCUAUUCUUGAAGGUCCGGUCUGUAAUGGAAGCCAAGUGAUUGGAUGGCACACAAACGAGAAAAGUAAAAGACUCCGACGUUUUCAUGUUGAUAUGUCAGGAUUUGCUAUUAACAGUACAAUCUUGUGGGAUCCAAAGAGAUGGAGGCGCCGGACGCCGCAUCCAAUACGGCAAUUGGACACGGUGAAGGAGGGUUUUCAGGAGACCACAUUUAUAGAACAAGUUGUAGAAGAUGAAAGUCAGAUGGAAGGUAUUCCUUUUGGCUGCCCAAGAAUAAUAAACUGGCAUCUCCAUUUGGAAGCUCGUAAAUUUAUUUAUCCAAAAGGGUGGCUGUUUGACAAGAACCUUGAGGCUGAUCUAAUGGUUAUGUGAUGGAAGUUCAAGCAUGCUGCAGAUUCUGCACGGCAGUGCCUCUCAUGUGUUGGUGACCUUUGCAUCCCCGACCGCAGUUUGCCCAUUUUUUUACAGUCCGUCACAACUCGGGAUCAGAUGGUAAACAGGGAAAGAAGAGACAGAAGAAAGUGUUCAUUUUUAUUUUUUUUCCUAAUUAGAAUUCUUUGGUACAUUAUAUUCUUUUCAGGAGCACAGGAUUUGACAGAUGUAUGUAGAGAAGUAGCGCUGGAUCUUUAGGGAUAAAGAUAGGUGAAAUUUGGACUUACUUUACUCCUCAGCCCCUUAGAAAUGAAAGAUUGUGGUAUGACCGGGGUUGGUCUUGUGUGUAUUCAAUUUUGUUUGUGAUCAGGUCUUGUAACAACUAGGACCGUCACAAAAAAGCAAACUGUCCUGGAUUUUCUUGCCAGUCAUCUGUGGCUCGGUCUACUUCGUGUCUCCAAUUUUGUUGAGAGAGUACAAAAGAGAACAACAAUCCUUUGACCA